UUUUAAAAUAAAAAAAUUUCAAGUUACAACUGUAUAUCAUAGGGGUGAGUAGGGUUUUGUGGGUUUUAGGGAGGACGAUGAGUUCAUUUCCGAGUCACAGAGGUAGUAGUAGCGAGUCAAGUCACCAUCGACUCCUCGAUGUCGUCAAAAAUGUGCUUAUCAAAAUCUUCGUAUUCCCUUAUGCCACUGUUUGUGAAAUGUAUUGUGGCAAAGUACCUGAUGUGGAGAAGUGGGACGAAGCUCAAAUUGGUCACUACAUUGGCAUUGAUGUGGCAACUUCGGGAUUGAACGAAGUGAAGGAAGAGUGGGAGAAUCAGCGGAAGGCUUACACAUCCGAGUUCAUUGAGCUCGAUCCUUGUAUUGAAGAUGUAGACUCACACUGGAAGGACAAGGAAAAGCAGGCUGAUAUCGUUUUUUGCAUGCACAAUUUACAGGUGUGCUUUGAUAGUGAAGAGAAAGCAAGGAGGCUAUUGCAUAAUGUAUCAUCUUUGCUUAAACCUGGGGGUUACUUUCUUGGUAUUACUCCUGACUCAUCUACUAUAUGGGCCAAGUACCAGAAGAAUGUUGAAGCAUACCAUAAUAGGAGCGGCGGGAUGAAACCAAACAUUGUUCCUAAUUGCAUUAGAUCAGAAAAUUACAUGAUUACUUUUGAGGUUGAGGAAGAGAAGUUUCCUUUCUUUGGUAAGAAGUACCAAUUGAAGUUUGCAAGUGACGUCUCUGCUGAAACUCAAUGUUUGGUUCAUUUUCCGAGCCUGCUCAGGUUGGCCAGAGAGGCUGGCCUUGAGCACAUGGAGAUUCAGAACUUGACAGAUUUUUAUGAUGAUAACAGAGCACAAUUUCUCGGAAUGCUACAGGAUGCUGGUCAUAACUUUAUUGAUCCUAGGGGCAGACUUCUCCCAAGAUCAUAUGACAUUUUAGGUCUAUAUACCACAUUCAUAUUUCAGAAGCCUGAUCCAGAGAUUGCACCUCCACUUACAACUCCAUUUAUGCCUGUUGGAACCCACUAUCUUGACGAGAUGGAAUGGCAAGUCAUAUUGUGGGAUGAAGAGGAGAAGAGUGGACAGACUGAUUCAUCUACAGGAUUGGGCAAGAUAACUGAGCAAAAAGGGAUUUUAGGUCCUGGUCCUGCAGAGUUGCGUUUCACUGAAGCUAUUUGAUGUGAUGGCGUAGACAUUGGAUGGCAGUUUGAAGGACCGCGGCGGAAGGGGCGUGAAUUUCCAGUCAUUUCCCGUGUUAAAUUAGUAUAUCGUUCGUUUUAUUGUACUAUGGAUAGACAUUUUGAUUAGUGGACUGACUUGAUUGAUGUAUAUACGAAUAGAUCCCUGUUGGGGAAAAGCCAGUGUCAAUGUACUAAUUAACAAUGGAAGAUUCUUCACUGGCUUGACAAAAAUUGUACUGCUUCCUGCCUUCUCUGUUGACAAAUAUGGCACAAACCUUAUGUGUAGAUUUUUUGCAGUCA